UUUGACAGCUAUCAUCGCAGCGCCGAAGAGCCGAAGAAAACAGAAAUUAUCGUCCGCCGAAGUAAAAGGCACACGGGAGCACAGGUUAAGAGUUCACAGAGAGAAAAAAAGAAGUUUAUGCGAAUAGUGAUGUGCUGCGAUACCUAAUUAUCGGUGAUAAAUUUGAAGCAAACACUGUGGCUGGCCAGCGAACAAUCGAGCUACUAGCUUUCGUUGCGGUUCCGAGUUUUCCCAGCAAGGUGAACGAUUUGCCGGUGCAUUUUGACGGCUGACACAGAAAAGCACGCAAAAACAUCCGACGCGUUUGCCACAGCGAUUUUUUUUUCUGGUGCGGAGCCGUGUGUAUUUCGGUAAUGCUCUGAAUACACCGGCUGCUUCCGCGAGGAUUCAUCCCCAUUCGCCUGACCCCGGGAAGAUAGCUAUUGUCGGUGAUUAGGAAAGCUUGCGUUCCCCUCUCGCUUCGUCAUUGUUUACAGUAGAUUUUAAUCUGGUUUCUGCAGGCAACUAGCGGACAUGGAUGUACAACAAUUGGAGCUACUAUGUAAGCAAUUUUACGAAUCCCAGGACGCACAGGCUCGGGCAGAAGCCGAAAAGGCUUUGUACCUGUUCCAGGAGGAUCCGGAUGCGCUACCCAAAUGUCAGCAGCUGCUGGAUCGGAGUAAUUCCAGCUAUUCCCAGUUGCUCGCUGCCACCACGCUGACCAAACUGGUUUCGAAGAACAUUCAGGCUUUGAGUUUGCAGCAACGGGUUGACAUCCGGAACUACAUACUGAACUAUUUAGCGACCCACCCGAAUCUGCAGUCGUUUGUGAUUCAGGCACUGAUCGCCCUGCUGGUGAAGAUCACAAAGCUCUGCUGGGUGGAUCUGUACGAGGAUGAGUACAUUUUUCGGAACAUCCUCCAGGAUGUGAAAGAGUUUCUGGGUGGUUCCGUGGAGCAUUGUAUGAUUGGUGUACAGAUUUUGUCGCAGCUGACACAGGAAAUGAAUACUUUGGCGGAAACGGCUUGCAAUCUUACCUUUACUAAGCAUCGGAAAAUUGCCUGCCUGUACAGGGAUUCCCAGCUGUACGACAUCUUCAUUCUGUCCUGCACUUUGCUCAGUCAGGCAAAGGAUAAUUGUUGCAAAAAUACCAGCUACAUGGACGAGGCCCAGCAUGGACUUUUCACGCAUUUGCUCAGUCUGUCGCGAAACUGCCUCAGUUAUGAUUUUGUCGGAACUUCUGCCGAUGAAUCCGCUGACGAUAUGUCCACCGUUCACAUCCCCACAAAUUGGCGUCCAGCGUUCCUAGAGUCGGAUUCGGUGAAGCUGUUCUUCGAUCUGUAUCAUGUCCUACCGGCCCGUCUGUCCAGUUUAGCUCUAUCCUGUCUGGUUCAAAUCACUUCCAUUCGGCGAUCCAUCUUCAACAACAACGAACGUAUCAAAUUCCUUGCUAAGUUGGUUAAGGGUGCGUCAGAUAUACUGAAAACUUCACAUGGUCUCAGCGACCCGGAGAAUUAUCACGAGUUCUGUCGCCUUCUCGCAAGGCUCAAAUCAAAUUUUCAACUGGGAGAGCUGGUAACCGUUGAAAACUAUCCCGAGGCCAUUCAACUGAUUGCCAAAUUCACCGUUCAAUCCCUUCAAAUGUGGCAAUUUGCCCCGAACAGCAUUCACUAUCUGCUCUCACUGUGGCAACGGCUGAUAGCUUCUUUGCCGUACGUAAAAUCAUCUGAACCGCAUUUUCUGGAUACCUACACACCGGAGGUGACGAAAGCCUACGUCACCUCAAAGCUGGAAUCGGUUCCCGUGAUCCUUCGGGAGGGUCUUGAAGAUCCGCUGGACGACACGGGAAUGGUACAACAGCAGCUGGAACAAUUCUCAACAAUCGGACGCUGUGAGUACGAGAAAACGUGCGCCUUGUUGAUUCAGCUGUUCGAUCAGACGGCGGGACGUUAUCAGGAAAUCCUUUCGACACCGGCCACCACCAUCCAUCUGGACGUGCAGAUCUGCGAGGGGCAGCUGACCUGGCUGGUGUACAUUAUAGGGGCGGCCAUCAGUGGACGCAUUUCCUACUCACACGACGAUCACGAUCUGCUGGACGGGGACAUGAUAAUCCGGGUGCUACAGCUGAUGACACUGACCGACUCGCGGCUACCGCAGUGCGGUUGCGAGAAGCUGGAAUUUGCGAUCAUGUGCUUCCUGGAGCAGGUCCGGAAGGUUUACAUCAACGAGCACCUGCAGAAGCUGAAGAUGUUCAAACGGCUCAGCGAGGUGCUGGGGGUGAACGAUGAAACGACACUGCUGACGGUCAUCAGUCGGAAGAUCAUUACCAAUCUCAAGUACUUUGGUCACUCGGAACAGAUCAUACGGAAGACGUUGACGCUGCUGAACGAUUUGACGCUGACUUUCAGUUCGAUCCGGCGGCUCAUCAAGUUAGACGAGAUUCAAUUCAUGCUAAACAAUCACACGCGCGAUCAUUUUUCCUUCCUUGGAACCGGUGCGGUCAGUGCGUCUCGCUGCCGCAGCAUGUUCUACACCUGUCUGGGCCGGUUGCUGAUGGUGGAUCUGUCGGAGGAUGUGGAACGCUUCAACGCCUUCAUGAUGCCCCUGACCAACACGAUCGAGAACAUGAUCAUGAUGAGCUUUCCUAGUGAGGAAGCUCGCAAGGAACUGAUCGGACUGUCGCGGGAUCUUCGUGGGCUAACGCAUGCCUUUAACUCGAAGAACCCGUACAUGAUGUUGUUCGAUUGGAUAUAUCCGGACUAUUCGCCGAUUCUGAUUCGAGCCGUAGAGCUGUGGGCACAUGAUCCGGCUGUGACUACGCCAGUACUGAAAUUGUUUGCCGAACUGGUCUACAAUCGCUCCCAGCGGCUACAGUUUGAUGUUUCCAGUCCGAACGGGAUUCUACUGUUCAGGGAAACUUCCAAGCUAAUAUGCUGCUAUGGUGAACGGAUUCUUUCCCUGGAUGUCCCCAAGGAGCAAAUUUAUCCGAUGAAGCUGAAGGGUUACGCGGUGUGCUUCCAGAUGUUGAAGGCGAUUCUCAGCGGGAAUUACGUGAACUUCGGUGUGUUCAAGCUGUACGGUGACGAUGCGUUGGACAAUGUGCUGAACAUGACGGCGAAGCUGAUUCUUUCGAUUUCACACGAUGACAUUUUGGUUUAUCCUAAACUAUCUCAAGCGUACUACAUCCUGAUCGAAUGUCUCGCUCAGGACCACAUCACUUACCUGUCUACGCUUGAGCCGCCCGUAUUUCUCUACAUCCUAGAGAGCAUAUCCAAGGGAUUGAACGCUUUGGAUGUACUAGUAGGUUCCGGCUGUUGUUCGACGCUGGACUAUAUUGUGACGUACAUUUUCAAGCAGCUACAGUUGAAGGAGAAACACAUACUGCUGGUGACAACAUUCCCGAACAAAAAGCUACGGCAGAGUGUACUGCCCGAAAACAACGUGUUCCUUAAGGUGAUGGAGCUGCAUCCGGAGAUACUGCAGAAUCUGCUGUCGACACUGCUGAACAUUGUCAUGUACGACGACUGCAAGAACCAGUGGUCAAUGUCGCGUCCGCUGUUGGUGCUGAUACUGCUGUACGAGGAUUACUUCAGGCAACUCCGGGAAAGCAUCCUGCACUCGCAAUCAAUCGAAAAGCAACAGUCGAUGGCCUGCCUGUUUGACGCACUGAUGGAUGGCAUUGAGCGAAAUCUGCACGUCAGGAAUCGUGAUCGAUUCACGCAAAACCUGUCGGCGUUCCGUCGCGAUCUAAACGAUUCCCUCAAGUCCGCCAACAGUUUGGUCAACAACUCGUCAGUGAACGAAAUGACCGUAGUUUACUUCUGUACUGAUCCAUUCGAUUGAUUAGCUGACGAUCCGAACUCAUGUUAAAAAAAAUUUAUCACUCGGUGAAAAGCAAAUUUGUAAAACACCAACACACAAUACAUAAUGUAACUAACAAUCGUGUUAGUGAGGCAACCGGCUGCUCUCACCAACACACUCGCAGGUUUGGGCUUUAGUUGAUCUUCAAAUUUUUGAGUAGUAGAAAACAGUAGGCUUUAUAAAGACAUACUCGUUCCUUUUAUUCGUUUUUUUUCGCAUUCAUCGAUUCACUCAUCUUGUUAAAAAUGCAACUUCACGCAAAUCACACAAUUCCUACUGUUUUCCUUUCUUUUUUCUCCCCCACAGCUUGACUAAAUCGUGGUUGUUCUUGAAGGAAAAAAGAAACCCCGUAAUUCACCACUCUAAACGUGAUUGGUUUUGUUUUUCCUCUAACUUGUACCCAUUGGUUCGAGCCAAAAUUUUACUUUCAACUAUUUAUUGUGAAUCAACCAAACCAAUGAGAUGAAUGAAUGGUGUGCAGCCGAAAGCACUGGAAUUUGCUAGCAACCUUCUCUCUCUCUCUCUGAUUGUUUCUGUUUAGAGAUGGUCCGUGCGCAUAUAUUUAUAUAGUUCCAUAACCAAUGUGUGAAAGAGUCAGCCAGAGGUUUUCUACUUUCGGUUGGAUGAGAAUAAGGCAGUUGUUGUUAUAAACAAAGAGAAAAUAAAUUUGAAUUGCUACUGCAAAUGAAAAAAAAAUAAAUAAAUAAAAUGCAUUAUAAUGAAAAAUCAGCAAACGAGUCCGUGAAUUCUAGCAUGUAAGUUAUUUGAUGUAAUCACUGAUAGGAGAUAUACAAAGGGAGAAAGAGAAAAGGAAAAUCGUUACUCUCUGCUUUUAGAAGAAAAUUUAUAAUAAAAAAAAAAGUUUGAAUUUAGGUACAAUAAGAGUGUCUGUUUCUCAAAGAACCAUUUUGCGGACAUUAGUUGAUAUACAGACACACACAUAAGGUAUUAAAUAGGAAAGCAGUAAAACAGGAAUAGAAGUGUGAAAACUAAAGGGAUUACUUGAUUUUUAGUGCGAAACUGUUGUGGCUUCGAGCAUAAACAGUAAAACAAAACAAAAAAAAGUUAAUGCAGAAAAAAAUGGAGCAAAACUGCACAACCGUGUGGGGAAAUAAAAAAGGUUCGAUAUUAGAUUUUUUGUA